GCUACUGCUACUUGUCUGCCUUGCCCAUCUCUUUUCCUCUCUCAAAUCAAAACUCAACUUCACCUCUCUUUCCUAACCAAACCUCUCUUCACUUUUUCACACACUCUCUCUCUCUCUCUCCCCCUCACUAUCUGCUCUUUACUGCACACUCCUCACUCACUCACUCACUCUCCCUAAUAUAAUCGUAGACCAUGACCAACCCACAUCACCACCACCAACACCAAAACUAACGAACCACCCCUUUCUCCCCUCUAAACUUCCAUCUCGCAUCUCCCCCUAACUAUCCCCAGCACCAUGGUUCUUUACGAAUCCUCCGAUUCCUCCACCAGCAACCCUCUUAGCUCCUCAUCUUCCUCUAUCACCAACAAACCUCCCGAAAUUGACAACCUCCUCGCCGGCGCCGGCUAUAAAGUCCGCUCCUCAGAUCUCCGCCAUGUUGCCCAGCGUCUGGAACGCCUCGAAACCGCCAUGCUCAACUCUCCUUCUUCCCAUCUUUCAGUCCUCGCAUCCGACACCGUUUUAUACAACCCAUCUGAUCUUUCUUCAUGGGUAGACUCUCUCCUUACCGAAUUUAACCAAUCUCAGCCUCUCCCUUCUCUACCGCCGGAUCUCUCCGAUCUCAUCGUUCCUAAUCCAACGGUCGAUAAUAACUCUUGGAACUUAGAACAUCAAAACUUAUCCCCGCAGAACCAAUUGCGAGUUGUGACUGCCACGGAGGAAGAUUCAGCUAUAAGACUUGUUCAUUUGUUGAUGACAUGUGCUGAGUCCAUCCAACGAGGUGACCUGUCAUUGGCUGGCUCUUUAGUUGAAGAUAUGCAAGCUUUGUUGACUCGCGUCAAUACUAAUUCCGGUAUUGGAAAGGUCGCCGGCUGCUUUAUUGAUGCUUUAAGCCUCCGGAUUUUCUCUCCGGUCAACGGCGUCGGCGUCGGCGUCGGUGCUUCUGCCUAUGAAAACGAGUUCUUGUAUCAUCACUUUUAUGAGGCGUGUCCGUACUUGAAAUUUGCUCAUUUCACAGCUAAUCAAGCUAUACUUGAAGCGUUUGACGGUCAUGAUUGUGUCCACGUGGUUGAUUUCAAUUUGAUGCACGGAUUACAAUGGCCUGCGCUGAUACAAGCUUUAGCUUUACGUCCAGGCGGGCCCCCUUUACUUAGGCUAACAGGCAUUGGUCCUCCGUCACCCGACGGCCGUGAUUCUCUCCGUGAAAUUGGCGUAAAACUCGCUGAGUUAGCUCGCUCUGUAAACGUCCGUUUCGCUUUCCGUGGAGUUGCAGCUUCACGUCUUGAAGACGUGAAACCUUGGAUGUUACAGGUAAAUCCUAAAGAAGCUAUUGCCGUUAAUUCAAUUAUGCAGUUACAUAAACUGUUAGGAUCCGACCCGAAUAGAAAUCCCUCAAUAGAUAUGGUUCUUAAUUGGAUCCGAAAUUUGAACCCGAAAAUCAUGACAGUUGUUGAGCAAGAAGCGAACCAUAACCAACCCGGUUUCUUAGAUCGGUUCACUGAAGCGUUAUAUUAUUACUCAACAAUGUUUGAUUCGCUUGGGGCUUGUGCGCUCCAGCCAGAGAAAGUUGUAGCCGAGAUGUAUAUACAAAGAGAAAUAUGCAACGUUGUGAGCUGUGAAGGAUCGGCUCGCCUCGAGCGACAUGAGCCUUUGGCUAAGUGGAAAUCGCGGCUUACGGCUGCUGGGUUUAUGCCGUUGCAUUUGGGGUCUAAUGCGUUUAAGCAAGCCAGUAUGUUAUUGACUCUGUUCUCCUCUGAAGGAUACUGUGUAGAGGAGAAUGAUGGCUGUCUUACUCUCGGCUGGCAUAGCCGACCUUUGAUUGCAGCAUCAGCUUGGCAAGCUGUGCCCGAUAUUGGCUCGCCACUUGGGAUCAUCAGUGGUAAUAUCACCGAUGGGGUUGGAAUGUAAAUUUUAGAUUUUGGUGGGGGUAUUUUUGGGGUUAUAGAGCUUUUUUUCUUUUCACUUCUUUGCUUGUAUCAUGAGUGAAGCUUUUUACUUAAAGUAGAUAUAUUAUUCUAUCA